AUGUUUCUGGGACUCGGACAGAUUGGGCAUUUGGAUACGUGUAUGGAAAUCGAAAGGAAGCUGAUGAUGAACAUGGAGUACGGUGGAGCCGCCGCCUUCACGACGACGUACGGCAACUUCAGCACUACUACUACUACUACGACGACUGAUCAUCACGCGGCCGCCAUGGAAAUGGAUUUCAUGGACGAACUUCUCUUCGAAGGAUGCUGGUUGGAGACGACUCGCGCUCUCGUCAACGACCCGUCACCCUAUUAUUUGCCCACUUUGGAUUCCAACAACAACAUCAACAACGUCCAUCAUCAUCAGCAAAUCUAUCAGGAAGAUCCAACGGUGGGAACUUCUUUUCCCGACCAAUCCGAAAGCAUUCUAGUUGACGGGACGGAGCUCGGGAGAAGAUGGUGGAUUGGGCCCAGAGCAAAUCCCGGCCCUAGCUCCUCUGUCAAAGAGAGGCUAAUGCUGGCCGUUGGAUAUUUGAGAGAAUGUACGAAGAACAUGAAUGUGCUUCUUCAGCUAUGGGUGCCAGCUGUGAGAAGAGGAGGAGGAGGAGGCAGCAGAUAUUUCCUCACCGCCACCCAAGACCAACAACCGUAUUACCGAAAUGUUUGUCGGGCGGCUUAUCAGCUGGCGGUUGAGGAGGAGGAGGAGGAGGACAUGGAGGAAUCCGGCGGGUUACCGGGUCGGGUUUUCAUGGGGAAGUUGCCUGAUCAGUGUACCCCUCCUGAUGUUCGUUUCUUCAAGAGAGAGGAAUACCCACGUAUGAACUACUCACAGCCGAACGAUGUUCGUGGCUCUCUUGCUCUUCCUGUCUUCGAACGUGGCACUGGAACUUGCUUGGGUGUUGUUGAGAUUGUUCCAGCCACUCAAAAGAUCAACUAUCGCCCCGAACUUGAACAUGUCUGCCAAGCCCUCGAGGCUGUUGAUCUUAGGAGUUCCCAAUACUUCAGCCCUCCCGGUGUAAAGGCUUCUCAUGAGGAGUUGUACCAUUUAGCACUGGCUGAGAUAAUAGAGGUUUUAGCAUCAGUUUGCAAGACACACCGAUUGCCUUUAGCCCUAACAUGGGCGCCGUGUUACCAACAAGGCAAAGGAAGCUGCCCACAAUACUCUAAUGAGAAUUAUGCUCAGUGUGUUUCAACUGUGGACACUGCUUGCUUUGUGGCUGAUGUAGACGUCUUCGGCUUCCACGAAGCAUGCUCGGAGUACCACCUUUUUCGCGGCCAAGGCACCGUCGGGACUGCAUUCACCACAGCAAAACCAUGCUUUGCAAGUGACAUAACCGCCUUCAGCAAGGCAGAAUAUCCCCUCUCUCACCAUGCCAGGAUGUUUGGAUUGCGCGCCGCCGUCACAAUCCCCCUCCGAAGCAUCUACACCGGCUCGGCCGAUUUUGUGUUGGAGUUUUUCUUGCCAAAGGAUUGCCAAGACACAGAAGAACAAAAGCAGAUGCUCAACUCAUUGUCCAUUGUAUUACAGCAGGCUUGCAGGAGUUUACAUGCUGUUAUUGACAAAGAAGAGGAAGAAAUCAUAUACCCUGUUAAUAAGGAAGUGGUAGUUCCUUCAGAUCAUCUGAGAAUUAACAAAGAAGAAUCUCAGAAAUCAGGAUCUUCUCCCCAAAAAGAUCAAGAUCAGUCAUCAUGGAUUGCUCAUAUGAUGGAGGCUCAGCAGAAAGGGAAAGGUGUCUCAAUCUCCUUGGAGUAUCUAGAAGAAGAAGCAAACGAAGAAUUCAAGGUGACAACCCAUUGGGAUAACAUUAACACUCAGGGAGGAUCACGAAAUGGGCAGGCGUUUCCAGAUUUUGGGCAACUUCAGCAAAGUUCUGAAUCCAAAGGUAGUGUUGAGGGUGGUGGAGAUUCUUAUUCAUACAGUAGCCGCCGCUCGUCGGGCGGUAGAAAAUCAGGAGAGAAGAGGAGGACCAAGACAGAGAAGACUAUCAGCUUGCCAGUUCUCCGGCAAUACUUUGCAGGGAGCCUGAAAGAUGCUGCUAAAAGUAUUGGCGUGUGCCCGACAACUCUGAAAAGGAUAUGCAGGCAACAUGGGAUUACAAGAUGGCCUUCUAGAAAGAUCAAGAAGGUGGGCCACUCUCUCAGGAAACUCCAGCUUGUAAUCGACUCAGUCCAAGGAGCUGAGGGAGCUAUUCAAAUUGGUUCUUUCUAUUCAAACUUCCCUGAAUUGAGCUCCCCGGGAACUAGCUCUUUCUCAUCAUUGAAAAUGAGUGAAAACUCAAAGCAAUCAAACACUAUACCAGAGAGUUCUGGGUUAUUUACUCCAUCAAAAUCCCCAUCUUCUUCCUGCAGCCAGACUUCUGGCCCCAGCAUCUUUUGUGCCACUGCAGCAAAUCAUCAGCAGCACACCACCACCACCAUCAAUGCUUUGAGUAGUGCAGAUACUUUAAUGAGAGAAAACCCAGGUGGGAUUCUGCAGAUGGCAUGCAGUGAAGCAGACUUACAUGCCUUGCAUCAGCAUCAACAGGAACCCAACCUUCUUCUCCACAACUCUACCUGCAGCCUUGACACUCUACCUGUCUUACCAGAAAGCAGCAGCCAUAAUUCAAGAGAUGGUGGUGCUUUCAGAGUAAAAGCAACUUUUGGGGAUGAAAAAAUCCGGUUCAGCUUUCAUCCCAACUGGACUUUUGGAGAUUUACAGAUGGAGAUUGGAAGAAGAUUCAAUCUAGAUGAUAUCAGUAGAAUUGAUCUCAAGUAUUUGGAUGAUGAUCGUGAGUGGGUUCUUUUGACAUGUGAUGCUGACUUUCAAGAGUGCAUAGAAAUAUACAGAGCAUCUCAAAGCCACACAAUCAGGCUCUGCCUUCAGCAUGCUUCUUCUAAUCCAAAUCUUGGGAGUCCCUUUGGUAGCAGUGGGCUGUCGUAA